CCGUGGGUCCGUAGGGGCUGCCCAAGCCCAGGUGCGAGCACGGACCGGAAGCGUAAAGCGGCGUCUGCGAUGUGGGGUGACCGUACCUGCGAUUCACAUGCUGCCUGUGCUCCCAGGACAGAGAAGUGAAAACGGCCAGCAGAGGUGGGCCCAGCCUCCUGACCCCGGUGCUUUGCAUGGGGCCAUGGCCCUGCUCCCCCGGCCCGUGGAGCCCCCAGGCGGCGGCGGGGCCCGCGCCCGGCACGUCAUCAUCAACGUGGGCGGCUGCCGGGUGCGCCUGGCCUGGGCCGCGCUGGCGCGCUGUCCCCUCGCGCGCCUCGAGCGCCUGCGCGCCUGCCGCGGCCACGACGAGCUGCUGCGCGUGUGCGACGACUACGACGUGAGCCGCGACGAGUUCUUCUUCGACCGCAGCCCCUGCGCCUUCCGGGCCAUCGUGGCGCUGCUGCGCGCCGGGAAGCUGCGGCUGCUGCGCGGCCCGUGCGCGCUCGCCUUCCGCGACGAGCUGGCCUACUGGGGCAUCGACGAGGCGCGGCUGGAGCGCUGCUGCCUGCGCCGCCUGCGCCGCCGGGAGGAGGAGGCGGCCGAGGCGCGCGCGGGGCCGGUGGAGCGCCGGGCGCCCGGGAGUCCCGGCUGCGCCCUGGGGCCCCGCGGCCGGCUGGCCCGCGGCCGGCGGCGCCUGCACGACAUGGUGGACAACCCGCACUCGGGGCUGGCCGGCAAGCUCUUCGCCUGCGUGUCCGUGGCCUUCGUGGUCAUCACGGCGGUCGGCCUGUGCCUGAGCACCAUGCCGGACAUCCGCGCGGAGGAGGAGCGGGGCGAGUGCUCCCGCAAGUGCCACAGCCUCUUCGUGAUGGAGACAGUGUGCGUGGCCUGGUUCUCCUUCGAGUUCCUGCUGCGCUCCCUGCAGGCUGAGAGCAAGUGCGCCUUCCUGCGGACGCCGCUCAACAUCAUCGACAUCCUGGCCAUCCUGCCCUUCUACGUGUCGCUGCUCGUGGGCCUGGCGGCCGGCGGCGCGGCGCGGGCGGGCGCGGGCGCGGGCGGCAACAAGCUGCUGGAGCGCGCGGGGCUGGUGCUGAGGCUGCUGCGCGCGCUGCGCGUGCUCUACGUGAUGCGCCUGGCGCGCCACUCGCUCGGCCUGCGCUCGCUCGGCCUGACGGUGCGCCGCUGCGCGCGCGAGUUCGGGCUGCUGCUGCUCUUCCUCUGCGUGGCCAUGGCCCUGUUCGCGCCGCUCGUGCACCUGGCCGAGCGCGAGCUGGGCGCGCGCCGCGACUUCACCAGCGUGCCGGCCAGCUACUGGUGGGCCGUCAUCUCCAUGACCACCGUGGGCUACGGCGACAUGGUGCCGCGCAGCCUGCCCGGGCAGGUGGUGGCGCUGAGCAGCAUCCUCAGCGGCAUCCUGCUCAUGGCCUUUCCGGUCACCUCCAUCUUCCACACGUUCUCGCGCUCCUACUCGGAGCUCAAGGAGCAGCAGCAGCGCGCCGCCAGCCCCGAGCCGGCCCUGCGCGAGGACAGCACGCGCUCCGCCAGCGCCACGGAGGACAGCUCUCAGGGUCCCGCCGGCGCCGGCGAGGCGAGGGCCUCCGCGGACCGCCCGUGGGUGCGCGCGGGCCGGCCUGACCCGGCGGGGACCCUGCUGCCCGAGGGCCGCAGCUGUCCGUCACGGGAGGAUGCUCCUCGCCAGCUUUAG